CUAUUAUUAAUUAAUAAUAAAAAUACCAUUCCCUAAGAAGUUUCCUCAUUUUCACGUAUAUAAAAGGGUUUAGUCAUCGUUUAAACUUCAAACCCAAAAAUAUUCCAACAAAAAAAAAAAAAAACAUUUUCACCUAAUUCAUUCUGCAUUCAAAAUCUUGAACAUGGAUUAUUCAUCUUCAUGGGAUGAGCUUCUUUUUCACCAUAAUUCUCUUCCAUUUAACGUUAAUGACACCGAAGAUAUGUUCCUUUUUAAUCUCGUUAAAGAAUAUUCAGGAGAAACAACUAACUCUUCCUCUAGCUCAGAAGAGGUAACUUCAUGCGAAUUAUUACCCGAAAAAGAAAAGAAUUAUAGAGGUGUAAGAAAGAGGCCAUGGGGUAAAUUUGCUGCUGAAAUUCGUGAUUCUACAAGGAAUGGUGUUCGAGUUUGGCUUGGAACAUUCGACAGUGCUGAAGAAGCUGCUUUGGCUUAUGAUCAAGCUGCAUUUGCAAUGAGGGGUAUGAUGGCGAUACUUAAUUUCCCUGUGGAGAUAGUGAAGGAGUCUUUAAAUGAAAUGAAGUGUAGAUUUGAUGAGAGUUGUUCGCCGGUUAUUGAACUGAAGAAGAGACAUUCCAUGAGGAGAAAGACAGUUAGUAGAAGAAAUAAAGCAAGAAAAAAUGAUUUGUCCAAUAAUGUUGUUGUGUUUGAAGAUUUGGGUGCUGACUAUUUGGAGGAAUUAUUGAGUUCUUCAGAAAGUAUCCCAAAUUGGUGAUUAUUAUCCCCUGUUUCUGAGCAGUAAAAGCUACUGCUCUGUUUAUAUAAUCUUGAUUUUUUUUUUUUAAUUUGAAAAUUUUAUUACAUAGGGGUAGGGAAAGGGGAAAUAGGGAGGUGAUUACAAGAUCACUAAUAAGUGAAAGUUCAGGUAAUCAAUCAACUGAGCUACUAAGGUCUCAUUUGUUUUUAUUAAGAUUAUGACGGCUGAAUCUGAAUGAACGUCUGAAUGAUUAAGAUGUUGUCUUUAGAUCUGAACGCUAAAUGUUAAAAUUGUUUAUUUUUCAAUAUCUGAAUGUGCAUAACAUAUUUAUUUAAGGGAUAAUUUCAGAGACCUCCCUCAAGGUUUCGUUUCGUUUCACUCACUUCCCCUUUAGUUUACGCUAUUACGCUUAACUCUCUUAUUUUUUUUUUUAACAAUUCUUUUAACCUAUUUAUUAUUAAUAUAAAAAAUCAUAGUUUGACUAGUUUACCCUUUUUAAUAUUAAACCCUUUUAAUUAAUUAUUUCUUUUGGAAUAUCUUCUCUGCUACAAGUUCUUUAAAAAUAAAAAGGAAAUCCCUUUUACUCAAAGCCCUCCCUAAUUUUCUCUUCUAAUAUUUGUUCCAUGUUCUUCAUCCUCUUCCUCAUUUCUCAAUCGCGUCAGUU